AUGACAGCAAAUUCUCCGUCGUCGAAACAGAAACGUUUGGUACCGUAUUCACCCGAUGGUGGUUGGGGCUGGAUGGUCGUUAUAGGCACGUUUUUUAUUCAUGUAGUUGCCGAUGGCUUCACCUACUCAUUUGGUGUCCUCGUCGAUACACUCAUGAAAGAGUUUAACUCAGACAACACCGUAGUUGCGUUGAUUAUCUCUCUUCUCGCCGGUUUCACACUCGGAUCAGGGCCAGUAGCAUCGUGGGUGUGCAAUAUGUAUGGUUGUCGAGUGACAGCCAUCAUUGGCGCAAUUAUAGCUAGUGCCGGAUGUACAGCAUCUUACUUUGCCACUGCAAUGUGGCACAUUAUCGUAUCCGUGGGAAUUAUCAUUGGCAUCGGUUCCGGCUUGAUGUAUUGUCCAGCGAUUGUCUCUGUAACAAAAUAUUUCGAAAAGCGUCGUUCUUUAGCUACUGGAAUCUCUAUUACUGGAGCUGGAGUCGGUACCAUGGUAUUUUCACCAAUCAAUCAGUUUAUCAUCGAACGAUUUGGAUGGAGAGCUGUAUUCCUUUUAUUCACUGUAUUCUUGCUUUGUGUUGCUUGCGGUGCUCUAUUCCGCCCAUUGCCAGUUCGUGAAGUAAGCGAGGAAGACAACACCCAAGAAACAUCGGAUGAUGUGAAUAGAUCUCAUUGCCUCUCGAAAGUAACCCUUUCACUCAUUAAGUUUUGUUUACAUGCACAAGAAAAUACUGACAAUAAGGAAGGCUCAAGCAUGUGGAAGAGGAUAUCGGAAAUGUGGUUGGUGUCCCUUCUUCUUGAUCCCAUCUUUCUUCUUUUUGCCAUCUCAAACUUGCUGUCUUCGGUCGGCUUUAAUUCACCACUAUAUUUUCUACCAAAGCAUGCAGAAAGUGGUGUCGGCCUUGAUCCCACCAGUGCAUCAGCUGUGCUUUCUGCUUAUGGAUUAAGUAAUAGCAUCGGACGUCUUGUGUUUGGUAUUGUCUCUGAUCACAAAUUGCCGCUUCCCUAUGGCUGGGGCAAUGAUAGACCACGGAAUAGACUAUGGAUAUACAACAUAUCACUCUCGAUCUGCGGUUUACUCACAGCAUUCUGCUUUCUCUACAAAAGUUAUAUUUCACUAAUAAUCUACGCAUCGUUGCAUGGGUUUUUUCUCGCUGCCUACAUUUGCCUUGCUAGUGUCAUUCUUGUCGAUCUACUUGGAUUGGAUAAGCUCACAAAUGCUUUUGGCCUUCUGCUUUUCUGGCAGGGUGUUGGCACUGUAGGUGGGCCACCGAUAGCUGGGCUCCUUGCUGAUGUCAGCGAUAGUUAUGCGUUGUCAUUUGCAUUCAGCGGCGUGAAUUUACUGGUGUCCGGUCUCAUGCUAUUCUGUAUUCCGUUCUUCCUGAAGAAAGAGGAAAAUACUCAAUGA